AUGGCUAUAAAAGAGCAUCUCACUCGCAACUGUGAAGCCGUCAUCUUUAUGAUCUCAACGUCACUCGAUGCCAACCCAACCGAUCAACUUAAUGCCCAACUACUUCUUUGUUUUAGACAAUGGAUCUAUCAUGGUGAUGCAAAAGCAAUGAUUAAAGGAAAUGUUUUAAAUAAUUUGUUCAAAGUGAUCGAUUGUGGCGUAUUGUUGGCAGAGUCAUUGAGUAUCAUUGGAGAUUUGAUUAACUUUCAUACCUAUCGAGCACCUCUAUCAUUCGGUGAACCAGUUGGUAACAAAAACAUUCACAGCAGCGAUGAAAUCAACUAUGAGAGAUUCAUUAUACCAAUCAUUCGUAAAUUAGUAUCACUUAAACCAAUUUAUAAUCAAUCAGUACAAAAUGAAUCGAUACAUAUUACAAGAGCAUUCGCAGAGAUAUUGUCACAGAUUGCAGAGUGUUAUACACCGAUAAUUAUGGAUAUUACGAAAUCAGAGAAUCAGCAGUUGCUUUCGUUCAUGAUCGAUGUGUGUUCGCAUCCCGACAAGGAGAUGUCAGAGCUGACGUUUGAUGCGUGGUCUUAUUUGGCCGAUCACAUCAACGAUAUAAUCGAGGAGAAGGGACAGCUUUUCCAGGAGCGAUUUCAACAGAUCUACGCGAAACUACUACAGAUUCUCAUUCAGAAAUCAUCGUAUCCCUCAAACAACGAUAGCCCAAGCGAAGAGCUCAUCGAAGACAUCUCAUCCUAUCGUAACAACGUCUGUGAUAUCAUAAUGGCAUGUUUCGAGACCAUCCAAGAGAAUCCAUUUGUACAAUAUAUCGAUAAUUUAUUAAGAAAUGAAUGUAAAACAUGGCAAUCUUAUGAAGUUGUUAUCUAUGUAUUUAGAUGUAUUUAUCAAUCAAUAGAAGAAGAGAAUCAUUAUGUAACAAGCAUCAUUUCACUUAGUUUAACAUUACCUGCACAUCCAAUCUUUUCGAAUACUGUUUUAUUAAUGUUGGAAGACUAUGGUGGGUAUAUCGCAGAGAAGAACGACCUAUUGCAAUCAUCAUAUCAAUAUAUUAUAUCAUUAAUCAAUCAUCCAGAAACACGAUCAUAUGCACUACGAACAUUAUAUACAUUCUGUGCAAAGUAUGCAGAUAAACUCUAUAACAACACAGAAACUACACUCAAUACAUUAGAAAAUAUAUUUAAAUCAUUUAAGGUUGGUGACCAAAAGAACUUUGUAGAAUCAAUACUAUUAUUAUCAUCUUAUAUUACAAGCGAUAGUCAAGCAAAUAAUGUUUUUCAAAGACUCUUAUCCCCUAUUAUUGUAAAUUUGAACUCGACAAUCAUUGCUGAAAUCCCUCCGAAUGAAAAGAGUCUACAACUCAUUGAUAGACUAUUGGUUUUAGAAUCAAGUUUAAAAAUACCAGAAGAAUAUUUCCAUGUUUUCAAAGAUUUCACCAAUAAUGUGUUGCCUCUCUGCGAAAGAGUACACGAGUUUUCAAUUACAAACAGAGAUUUAGAGGUACUGGAAGUCGUUUGGAAAAUACUUUGGCGAAUUCAAAUGGAGAUGGACAAGAGUGCAGUGAAUAUCGAGCAGCUCUUUACCUAUCUGACUGCCGACAUCACCACAUUCCACACACUCACCACAUCGUCCUACGAAACGAUCAACCUCCUCACAAUGACACUCGCCACCGAUCCAAAAUAUACUACUCAUUUCACAAAUCUAUUUAAUGUCCUUUCAUCGAGUUCACUUCCAAUCAUCUCAAAUAAUGACAAUCAUAGUAUACCGGUUAUCGAUAAAUACUAUAGGGUGUUGACAAAACUGUUGGAAGUGAAUGCCAAUAUAUUUUACAAUCUAAAGGAUGUCGUCUUGAUUGUGGAGCGUUCCAUCAUAUCGCUUUUGAAUAUCGAGAAGGAUUCCGUACAAGCCUCACUGGAAUUCCUCGACCAACUCUUUAUCAAGUCUACUCCACACGAAACACUCUUUACCAAUUACAGUCUGCAUAUUAUUUCCAAUUUAUUAGCUGCCAUUGUCAACGAUUCAAGACAAACUCUAACAGUAUAUCUAUCUAAAUCACUUUUUGAUUGGAGUAUUUUUAUAAAGAACAGUAAAAAGUUUACUUAA